ACAAUCAGAUUGAAGUAAUCGCUCACGUUGUACUCUACCCUGUGUCAUACUACUUUACACCAUUGUGUAUUUUCUAUCUCUGUAUUCAUAUUUUUGACAUCUAAAAGACAAUUAAAUAGGCAGACACUUUCUAAAAGUAUUUGCUACUUAUUUCAUUUGAUCCUUUAAGGAAUUUACUUCGAGAACAGUGAACAAAUGGAAAAAACGGAUAUUAAAACAAGUGUUAUGGAACAUUUAACUGGGGGAACAAAUAGAAAUUCUUUGUUGCUUGUUUUUAUAUUGCUGAGUGGCAUGAUAGUGAGCGGUGCCAACGGUUUGGAAAGCCAAAAAUUAUGCCAGAAAUUCACAGCUGACAAGAAAGUCAAGAAUCUCAUAAACACAAAACUUAAGACGGUGCCGCCAUGUGCAUGCGUAGAACAGCAAAUUAUACUUGAUUAUUCCUUUGAAAAAAUAGGAAACUGCUAUAGGCAAUGGUUCUUUGAAAACGGUGUUAAACAAAUGUGCUGCUAUAGUGGAAAUGGUCAUCUGGAAGUUGGAGCACCCAGAGGAGGUUAUAUGAUACUUGAGAAUGAUCUUCUUAAUAUGUCAUUCAUUCACAAUAUAUGCUGUAUUUACAACAAUAAAGAUAUGUGCUCACGUUUCUAUUCACUGAAUCCUUCCAGUGAAUGUGAAAAUUAUAAAGUGCCUGCAACAGUAACAUCCUGGGGUGAUCCAGUUAUACAAACUAUUGAUGGUUUGGAAUACGAUUUCAAUGGUCAUGGGGAAUACGUUUUUCUAAAAACUAUCAAUUUUACCAUUCAGGCACGAACAGAUUACAUUUCACCCGAUAAUAAAGAUGCAACAAUGUUCACAUCCUUUGCUAUAUAUGAUAAAGAAUACGACCAGUCAAUACAACUUCAGCUGGACAGAAAAACAAAAGAUAUCCUUAUUUACUGGCAUGGUGUCAAUGUGUGUAAUGCUUCUAAAGAAGAGUUUGGUCCUUGCAAAGGAGCUAGAGGGAAGUGUAGACUUUUGGCUGGAAAUGGGAAAGUCAUUCUUCAAAAUUGUGGAAUAAGCAAAUUCGCUCGGGCGAUCGAGAUCCAGAGUGGAAGUACGAUGGCCAUAACUAUUACAUUGACUGAAAAAAAUGUUGAAUUACAAGGGUUAGCGGGCAGUCUCAUAAAUGGAUCUCUUAUUGGCAAUAAUGGGACUUACUGUACCAACACAUCAUCACCGAAAGAUUGCUUCCUAUUUGGUGAAAGCUGGAGACUAAAAAAUGAAUCUGAAUCUGUUUUUAACUACACAAUUGGAAACAGAGCUUUUAAGUACUACAACAGUAACCAUACUGUACCAACCUUUCUGGAAGAUUACCUGAAUAAUUUAACACUUUUAUUCAACCAAAACGGCCAUAAACAUAAUGCCACAGAUAUAGCAAAUUAUAAAAACUUGUGCAAAGGUUAUAAAGAGUGUCUUUUAGCAAUAGCAAGAACGGAUGACAUAAGUCUGGGAAAGGAUGCAGUCCAAAGAAUUGAACACGGCUUAUAUAUAAAGGCACUCAAUAGUAAGCAUACUUUUAUUCUGUAA